AUGAGCUCAAGGGCUUGCACUGAAAACGAAGAUAAGGGAGAAAGCUUGCGAAAGAUUAGUGCACUCUCACCCACCAAGUUUUGGAUUGUGAUUCUUUGCUUGUCUCUAGUAAUAUCUCUAUACUUCGCCAUUUUUGGAUCUCCAAUUUCUUUUCGUAACUUUUUCAAUUCUUUAACAGACGAGAGAAAAAAAGAGCUUUCGAACGAAUUAAGGUUAAAGUUGGUGUCAACUUCCGAGUCUCAGCUCAGUCUACUCAAUACCCCAAAAAAACGCAAGUAUUUAAUGGGGAUUAAUUAUUCUCCGAAAGGAGCCUACGAGCCUUUCUGUCUGUUUUCCAAAGAAGAUGCAAUUCGAGAUCUUUCUUUGAUUUCCACCGUAACACUGAAGAUUCGGACAUAUGGCACUCAAUGCAAUCAGAUGGAACACCUCUUGAAAGCCAUUGAUAUACUUAGGCUUGAUAUGAAGAUAUCAAUGGGGAUAUGGCUCAGUAAUGAUGAGAUCAGGAACAAAGAACAGGUCGAUAAGGCAAAAGAAAUUCUACUCAAUUCGGAUACGACAAUUAUACAAUCAAUCUACAUUGGAAAUGAGGCGCUUCGUCGAGGGGACAUCAGUGAGAUAGCCAUGAUUUCAUACAUUAAAGACGUGAAAUCAUACUUGGAUGAAAAGAAAAUCCAUAUCCCAGUUGGUAUAUCUGAGUUUCCUUCAUCGGUGACUCAAAAUUUAGUCGACUCUUGUGAUAUAGUGGGAUUUACAAUCCAACCUUUCUUAGCAGGAAUCCAAUCUACAGAAUCUGCGAAAUGGAGCAUGAAUCGCUUCAAUGCAUUAAAAACACAAUUUUACAACGGAAAGACUCAUUUUGCAAUCACUGAAAUUGGUUGGCCAUAUCAAGGUGGCGAGUUUAAACGGGCUAAGGCGUCGCCUUCAGACCAUAAAACUUUUAUGCACUCAUGGAUUUCAAACAGUGCAAAAAGCCCUACAGAAGAUUGGUUUUACUAUGAGGCGUUUAACGAGCCAUGGAAAAUUCGGUUUAAUAAAGAACCAGAUACCUGGGAGGCUGAGUGGGGUCUUUUUGAUGAUCAGAAGAGGCCCCGGUCAGAUGUUCAAUUUGUUGAUGGAGAUCAAAGGUGA